AUGCGGCGCCUGGCGGCGGCUGCGCUCGCAGCAGCGGCCCUUCUUCGUCCAGCCUCCUCGGAGUGCAGUAAACACAUUCGCUUCGGCACCUUCGACGAGGCAAACCCGUACGCUGCGCUGGCUCCGUCGCAGUGGCUCGACGACGACGAGGUGUGUUGGGUCUACUACCGCCAGCUCUCGGGCGGCCGGGCGGUCGCUCACCUCGACUCUGGCGAACUCGACGUGGCGAUGCUCGGCUCGACGCCCUACGCCACUGCGGUUGCGCGCGGCGCGGCGCUCACAGCGGUGGCCGUGCUGCACAACAAGGGCACGGCGCAGGCGCUGGUGGUGCGGUGCGCGCUGCAUGGCCCACAGGACCUGCGCGGCACAACCAUCGCUACACCAAGGUACUCGACCACCCACUACAUCCUCCUCGCGGCGCUUGACGAGGCGGGUCUCGAUCAUGUCGAGACGGCCGAGCUGCCUUCCGCCGGUGCCGCUGCCGCCGCCGACCGGGUGACCGUCGUCACAAUCUCGCCGACCGAGAUCGAGGCGGCUUGGAGCGCCGGUCGGAUCGACGGCGGCGCUGUCUGGGGCAACACUCUCGUCAACCUCACCUCGGCGGACUGGGGCGGGAGCCAUCCCUCCGGCUGCCAGCCCGAGCCGGCGCACGAGAUGAUCACCGCGGAGAUGCUCGCCCUCUGGGGAUACGAGACCCUCAACGUGCUCGCGGUCCGCAACGCCUUUCUGUCCAGGAACGAGGCGCUCGUGGAGAGGCUGGCGGCGGGAAUAGUGCGCGCGAACGCCGACUACAGGCUCGCUUCGGAGCGCGGCCGCUGGGCGGCGGGGCCGGGUGGGGAGUACAACUCCCUCGUCUCCGCUUUUGUGGCCCUCGAGGCGCCGGGCUACGACAGCAAUGUCACCCUCGCCCGGGUGGCGGAUCGCGUGGCCAAGUUCGAGUACCCGACCGCAGAGCAGCAGCUGGAGGAGCAGAGCUAUUUGGCGGCGCAGAUCGAGAAGCAGGCGGACUUCAUGUUCUCGCAAAAGGUCCUCGCCUCCAUCCCGAACGCCAGCGGCACGGACGAGCUCGAUCGCCGGCCAGGCGAGCCAGCAGCCCGACGAGCCUCCGUCUACGCCACGUACUUCAACGCCUCCUUCCUCGAGGCUGCCCUCGCCGCUGGCGCCGCCUCGGGCUUCGACAGCGACGGGCCUCGCGCCUCCCCCCUCGCGCCUCUCCAGCAAGAGAGUGUCUUGACCCCGUGCGCGGGCUGGGCGGUCGAGGUGGUCAACGCGUCCCACGCGCCCGUCCUGGCGCCGCACUGGCCCCCGCCCCACGCCGGCGGCGGAGGUGGCGCGUACCGGACGGACGAGUCGUGCGUCUGGGCGGUGGCGGUGGAGGAGCCGACUCAGUGCGUGGAGCUCCGCCUCCCCUUCCUGUCGUCGGAGCCGCCGCACGACGUCCUCGAGGUCUUCUCCUCCUCCGGCCUGCUAAUCUCCUCCUUCACAGGGCGCGCCUCGCCGCCGAACGCGACGGUGCGCGCGUGUGCGAACAGCACCACCCUCGCGGGCGCCGCCGCAGUCGGCACGGCGCUUACAGCCGAUCGGGACCUCGACGUGUCGCUCCCCGAGGCCGGCGCCUUUCUCGCAAUGUUCCUGCGGUGGAGCACAGACGGCCACGACGAGAUGCAGCUGGGCAACUACACCGCGGUCGGCUUCCGCGCGUCGGUCAGCCUCGAGGGCGACGCGUCGGACUGCCCCAGCUGCGGGCCGCACGGCGUAGCCGACUCGGCUGGCGGCAGUUGCGGCUGCCGCUGCGACGCGGGCUACGCUGGCUCAUCGUGCGAGCUCGAGACGUGCAACGGCGUGGUGACACGUUCCGAGGCGGAGGGCGCGGUGCGUGCGACAGCGGUGGGGAGGUACGACGCCUACUCGAGGUGCGGGUGGCUGCUGACUGGCGGCGGCGCACCCUUCGUCGCGCUCAACCUCUCGAGCAUCCGUCUCGAGCUCGGAUUCGACGAGGUCCGCGUCUAUGAGGGCGGCGUCAUCCCCGCCUCCUUCUCCGCCUCCGCGACAUCCGACGAUUUCCUCUUCUCAACCUUCGGCUCUUCCCCCGCCGCCACCCUCGCCGUCCGGACGCCUGCAUUCGUUGCCUUCACCAGCGACGGCGUCUGGAGCGGCAGCGGCUUCGAGCUGGCGUGGUCGGCCCAGCAGGCCGCGUGCGAGACGGACGCGGACUGCUCUGGCCGAGGGAGCUGCAGAGACGGCGAGUGCCGUUGUGACGUCGGGGCAUACGGGCCCACGUGCUCGUUUGAGAAGUGCGUCGGCCUGAGCACUAUCGAAGGCGCGGUCGCCGGCAUGCUCCAGGCCAUCGACGACAGCCAGGACGACUACCUCUCCUCGGUGGCGUGCCGCUGGGAGCUGGCCAUGCCUACGACGAUUGAGUCGCUGGACCCCCCGCUGAGCGUCACCGGCCUCCGGCUCAACUUUUCGCUCUUCGAACUCGAGGAGCCCCAAGUGACGAACCCAGAUCUGGGGAUCCGCUCGUCCACCACAGACGCGGUGCGGGUGCUGGACGGCAACGGCACCAUCCUCGACACCUUCUCUUCGACUUCGAAUGCCAACCGCCCGACGAUGGGCGAGGCGAUCGCCCUGGAUGGCCCGCCGCCCUUCACGCUGAGAUUCGACACGGACAUCAACAACCCGCGGCCGUACCGCGGCUUCAGAGCCUUCUUCCUCGCCGCCACCAAGGAGGAGACCCUCUGCCACGCGGAGCACUUCCCUUGCACCGACGUCGAGAAGCCAGAAUGCCGACUCUUCGCAGGGGAGGCGCACGGCUACUGCACGGCGAAGUCGUCGCCGCCCACCAGCGCCCUCCUGCCGGCGUCGCUUGCGGCAACCUUCGCCGUGCUGCUGCUAAUCGGAGUGCUCUGCUGUGUGGUGCAGCGGCGGCGGCGGAGCCGGCUGAAGGGUAUCAUCGAGGAGGCGGAAAGAGAGUUUGCGAGGUGGGAGCCGCUGCCGGAGGAGCACCGUGGCGCCACAGCCCUGCGCGCGCAGCUGACAGAGUCCAUCCUCCGGGUGCGGUCGAGCUUGUCGUUCCGCGGCACCGACGUGGGCGACUCGCGGCCGGGCUCUGGAAACGCCUCGCCUGCCGCGAGGGGCGUGAGGAGCCUGCCGAAGCGGCAAAGGCCGCGGGUGGUGUCUGCCGUCGGACUGCCUGAGGAGCGGUACCACUGCUUCCUCUCCCACGUGUGGUCGAGCGGGCAGGACCAGGCGCGUGCGCUCAAGGGGCAGCUGCAGAGGUACGUCCAAAACAUCCAGCCCUUCUUGGACGUGGACAACCUGGACGACACCGCGCGGCUGGAGGAGCACGUCGGCAACUCGGAGGUUGUGAUUGUGCUACUGACUGGCUCCACGCCCGCCCGCUCCUGUCCCUCCUCGCCACCCGGAGGGGCGAGGUCGGACUACUUUGGAAGCGCCAACUGCCUGCGGGAGCUCCACGCCGCCGUCGCGCGGAGCAAGCCCCUCCUCCUCGUCCUCGAGACCGACCCGACGCACGGAGGCGUCCCCCUCGAGGUGCACCGGUCCGCCUGCCCCGCGGAGCUGCGGGCGAAGGUCUUUUCCGCGCCGCUGGUGACGUGGCACCGGCUGAGGCCCUUCCAGAUGUGCUCGAUGCGGCUGCUCAUCGCCGAGCUGCUUCGCGCGUGGAAGGCGCCCGGCGCGGAGAGGCCCAUCUUCUUGCCCGGCGACCUGUGCCGCUCGCCGCCGCCGCAGCUCGCCACCAAGCGCACGUGGCACCUCUGCUACUCCCGCGACAACGAGGGGGCGGCCGAGCUGGUGGCGCGCCUCGAGAGGGCGAGCGAGCAGCAGCUGCGCGCAACUGCCGACGCGGAGCAAAUGCGCUCCUCCGCCGCGCUGCUGCUCUACCUCGACGGCGCCACGUUUGGCGGCGCCGGCCUGCCCGACAGGAGCAAGGACGGCGCCGCGAGCGAGGGGCUCGUCCGCCUGGUCAGGAGGGCUCUCGACGACGGCAUCCCCAUGGUGCUGGUGCACGAGCAGCGGUCGGUGCCGGAGGCGGUCAGCUUUGACGAGAUCAUCCGCCGCACCCCCGCCGAGCUGGUGUCCGCGGGCAUCUACCGGCCGAUCGCCACGCCGCUCCUCGACGAGCCGCACGCGGCGGUGGCUGUACGGCUGGUCCUCAACAACCUCGAUCUCAUCUGCCGCAGGAUCGAGCGGCACAACUCGGGCGUGAUCGGCAGCCUCACCGCGCUCGCCGAGAGCCUCACGCGCAUCGACAUGGAUGGCGACGGCGAGAUCGGCAAUUCACCAACGCGAUCUUCAGAACACGCUCCGGGCUCGGCGCCCAAGCCACGGCUAAAGUGGAGGCGACGGACUCCCCCUGAGAAGGUCGCGUCGUAUGUGUAGCGGAGUGUAGUCGGUCCGCGUUGUGCUUGCCUGCCGCCUGCUUAGUGCUGCGCGUAUUUUGUCAUUACCGCAUGGUGUACCUUUUUGAGACAGGAGAAUUUUGCGUGACC